AUGGCAGCCAUAGUAACCGGCCUCAUCCCCAUCCUGCGGACGGCGGUGGAUGCCACCACCACCUACAAGUGCCGCUCCCUGUGGUUUGGCUUCCUGUGCAUGCGCCUGGUGAUCCUCUUCCUGGCCGAGCUGCCCUUCACCAAACUGGAUGCCGACUUCACCUGCAACGGCACAAGGGAAAGCAUCUGCUCCAAAGCCUGUUUUAAUAGACACUUCCACAAACCUAUGAUGGUGGCCUGGAACUUCAUCUACGUGCUGGUUGUCCUCUCUGUCCUGCUCAUGGAGCUGUUUGCCUCCCACCUGCGCUCUCUGGCCCAGAAGAGAAGCUCCCAGGUGAAGACUGAUGUGGAGCAGGAGGCUCAGGGUGUGUCCACAGACCCAAAGGGCAAGAUGGUCAUAGAUCUCCACAGAGACAGAGGCACUGUGAGCUUCUACCUGCUCAGCAUCAGUCUGCGUAUUCUGGUUGAAGCCUGGUUUGUGUAUAUUCUGCUUUCUUGGAACCUGCCAGCGCUGAAUGAUGGUCCAUACGAAUGCUCAACAGACAUCUGCUCAGAGCUACAUGUUUGUGUUGUGAGGGCCGCCCCAGAGAAACGCAUGUCCAUUUAUGCUUUGGCUUCCAUCUCGGGGAUGAUUAUUGUUUGUUCAGUCUUAUUCUGCAUAUACUCCAUUGCUCACUACCUUUGCAAAUCCUAA